AUGGCGUGCGGCGCGGGGCGGCUGCUGCUGGUCGCGCUGCUGGCGGCGGCCGAGCGGGAGCUGCGCUUCAAGCCGCCGCCGCCGCCGGGCGAGGCCCCCGUGCGGCUUUUCACCGAGCCCGAGCUGGCCAGAUACGACGGGCAGCAGGAAGGACAGCCCAUCUACCUAGCAGUGAAAGGAGUAGUAUUUGAUGUCACCUCUGGAAAAGAAUUUUAUGGAAAAGGAGCCCCAUACAAUGCUUUGGUUGGGAAAGACUCAACAAGAGGAGUUGCAAAGAUGUCUCUGGAUCCAGCAGAUCUUACUCAUGACAUAACAGGACUCACCGAAGAGGAGCUAAACUCACUGGAUGAUAUCUUCAAUAAUGUUUACAAGGCCAAAUAUCCAAUUGUUGGCUAUACUUCUCGAAGAAUCCUGAAUGAAGACGGCAGCCCGAAUCUAGACUUUAAACCUGAAGAUCAGCCGCAUUUCAACAUCAGAGAUGAGUUUUGAUAAACAUUUUUGUACCUGGAGAAUGCCUGGGGAGGGGCAUGCUAGGUUUCCUGAAAGGCAAAACACUUUAUGUAAACUGUGUGUGUACACACUCAUAUAUUUUCUAAACAGAAGACUGUCUGAUGAUAGCUAGUUGUUGUAAUGAAUUCCUGAAAAUAGGAAAUCAAACAGAUCUGUAUUAGUGGCAUACACUCAGGCCAUUUACUCUGAAUUACAGGAACUUUUUUAAUAUUCAAGUUCUUUCUGCCUGUGUUUCUUUGUCUACAAGCAUGUAAUGUAAAAUGACAUUCCUUAACAGAGAAAAUAAAGUUUUUAAUACUUGAAACAUGAGUGGUCUUUCUCUAAAUCCCAAGUUGUUUCCCAUUCCUUGGAGAAGUGAAUGCAUUGUCUAGACGAGCUAACAUCAAUUCUCUGUAUUUCAAGUGAGUAUAGGUCUCGUGUAUGAACGGGUGUAAUAGAUGCUUAUACUUUAAAAGGCAUUGUGGGUUUAAUAUUUGAUAGGUUUGAGAAUAAUGGGUGUAAAACACUUGAUCUCAAAACAUAGCUAUGGUAGAAUACUUAUGCAAAGCCUACCGAUAUAAAACAAGAAAAUCUUUUUUUCCUCAUGAGCACUACUGUAACACUCCAAAUACAGCUUACUAUGUUAGUUUUGAAUAAAUGACACUUUACUUUUUGAAGAAAUAA